AUGAGGCUCGCCGCACGGCGCCUGGCCGGGCUCUGGCCGUGGCUGUUCACGGCCGCCCUGCAGGUGGCGCUGGGCCACGCGGGCCUGGAGCUGGCGGUGACCCGCGCCCUCAUCAAGGUCACGCUGCUCAAGCAGGAGCCCACGGGCAAGCCCAUCACCCUGGAGGGUGUGUUCGCCGGAAGCAGCAGCGGAUACGCCGAGGGAAAACUCAUGCAGUCUCACCCACUGUCUCUGUGUAACACUAGCGAGGAUGAGCGGCAGGAAAGCUUCUUCAUCAGUAUCGUUAAGCUGGAGAGUCCUGAGAGCAAAGUGCCCCAGUGUCAGCCUCUUUUAAACAAGGCUCGGCUCGCUUUUCAGAGGGGGGCUCAGGCUGUCAUUUUCGACAUUAGUGAUGAUGCCGGUGCAGCUCAUGAGCUCUGGGAUUCCGGCUCCCUGCCAAGGCCGGUGGUGCUGGUUAAGGCAGCAGAUGCAGAGGAACUGAUGGGCCUGGUCAAUAAGAACGAGGAGGCCAUGGUCCAGAUCGACAUCAUGAUUGAUGCACCAAAAUGGCCUCACUAUGAAGUUGGCAUUCUUUUGACUGUCGUCUUGGUUGUGCUGGCCAUCAUUAUGAUCUUUGCUUUCCGCUCUCGCUGCAGAUCCAACAGAACCUGGGAUUCAGUGCACCAGCAAACAAUGCGGGCUAUCAGCAGGCUGGAGACACGUACAUACAGCUCUCACGGCUGCUCGGGAGGAUCACAACACCAACACAGUGGCCAGGGGUCCACCAGUAGCUCCAGCUCAGCUCCUAUCUGUGCCAUCUGCCUCGAGGAGUUCCUAGAUGGACAGGACCUGAGGAUCAUCUCAUGUGCACAUGAGUUUCAUAAGCAGUGCGUGGACCCGUGGUUGCUCCAACACAGGACCUGCCCUCUCUGCAUGCACAAUAUUAUGGGUGCAGAGCUGAUUGCCCGGCAGCCUCAGCAGGUUCGUGGUCACCCACUUCCAGAGCACAGUCAGGCUUUCCUUCACCCUCACCCACAGCAUUACCCAGCAUCCCACUCUUACCCCCAGCAUUCUAUUCCAUUCUCCCUCCGGCCCCAUUACCCCCGCACCCUCUCUGGACCUUACCCCCCAAUGGGACACUAUGCUGGGUCUGGUCCCCUUCACACCCGGUUAACAAGCGGCAGCUGCGGUUAUCAUCUGGCCCCAGAUGCUCACCGCUCUCAUCCUCGUCACAGCUGCCGCAACGUCGGACACCACUACACGACACCGAGGCGUUCGUGCCACCACUGCCUCAACACCCGACCACGGCACCUGAACUACCACCAGACCCAGCGGCACGCAGGCUCUCAGGGGCGCCAGGAUGACGCCAGCUGCUCAGGUGCCAGCUACGGCACCGAGCGCAGCGGGUACUACCCCGAUGGGCCAGGCAGCGACUCGAGCUCGGGUCCCUGCCACGGCUCAUCUAGUGACUCUGUGCUUAACUGCACGGACGUCAGCCUGCAGGGCGUCUACGGUAGCUGCUCCACUUUCCGCAGCUCGCUCAGCAGCGAGUACGACCCGUUCGUCUACCACAGUGCCAGUUCAGAGGGUCAGGCCGAGAGCGCCAGGCCCCGAUCGCUGGAUUCAGGAGUAAAUCAGACAAGUGUAGGACUCGGGUUUGAAGAACCACAACAGCAACAGGCUGUAUUUAGCCACGUGCACUACCACAGACACAGACACCACUAUUACGAGGAGGGCGAGCCUAGUCAAGGACCUGGGCGAGGCUCUGAUGAAGAGCAAGGGACUUCGGGAGUCACAAUGGACAAUUCACACAUGAGUAAGGACUCAAAUUUGUGCCAGGUGUCUCAUGCGACAUGCCACUGUCCCAAAACGGACCCUUUAGAAAGAACUGGACCUUCCGGUGGGGUGGAAGUACGGGACAUGUCCAAACUUUCUCCAACGUCUUCCCUGCCCGGGACUUCAGUGUUGAUCCCUUCACCAACUUGCUGUCACCCUGGGCACCACCCCAAAACCACCAGCUGUGGCCUAGAAACUUCGGCUGGACAUAUACCAACUGUGCACUUCCAUCAAAGGGUGGACCUGCAGGAUGACUGCAGCAUCCACAUCCACUAUGGACAAAGCGCCACAGGCUACUGCUGCCCCCCUCCUUUGGGCGCGGCAUCCACGUUGCUCCCGGUGCCUGUUAUCUUGGACUCAGGUGGGCUGACAGAGUGGCCGUGCUGUGGAGGGACAUGCAGGGGGUGGCAAAAGCAGAUACAGCAGGCUCACUCUGAGCCACAGCUAAUAGGGUCAGGCACUCCUUUGGACACGCCGCUGUGCAGGGGACACCACAGUGCCGGGCACGAGCUGCCCACGGAAAUCUGUCUCUACUGCCAAAGUGCACGCAAUAAUCAGGGAUCAGAGGAAGAGUCCGGCGUUUAAGAACUCUCUUCAUCCCCAAACCUCACGCUGCUACCCAAGAGCCGAAAUGGACAAACGUAUCGGCCUUCUUUUCUUUUCUCUCUCAGUCGUUCACAGUCUUCCAAAUAAUUCCACAACUCAAC